AUGUUGGCCGCCCUGUGUCUGGUUAGUUUCUCCUUCCCCAUGCUGUGGGCCCAGACAUUCAUCAGCUGUUCCUACAAGAGUCAGUGCCAGCAGGCCCUGCUCUCGGGCAAUGACAUUGUCCUGCGUUGUGACCAUAAGAAGGCACUCUGGUAUUUUUCUUCCAUUAUUGGGGAGAAUAUGGUCCUGCUUAACUCACGGCCUAAUAUAAAGAAACUGCCAGGGGGCAGCCUGCAGCUGAGCGACCCUCAGCCCUCGCAGGCAGGCCUCUUUCGCUGUGAGGACGAUGCAAAUGGCCUCCUAGUGGAGUAUGAGAUUGACUUCCAGGAUGCCACCACCCUGCAUAUUACACACAAAGACCUGGGCCAAGAGCCCCUGCAGAAUGAGACUCUGAAACUGGGUGGCGAGGUACUUGUUUUUACCCACUGGAAGCCCUGGCAGGACUGUAACCGCUGUGGGGAGCCAGGCGAACGCAAACGCCUGGGGUACUGCUAUGUUGAGGAACCCCUGGAAACACCCAUGCCCUGCCGGCUCUAUCUGAGAGACGAGAAGGUACAGUACAGCCGCCUGCGGCCCGAGAUGCAGGUGGAAGGCUGCUUUGUGCCCUGCGACCCCGACAAGGAAAUCCAACAGCCAUUCUUCAUCUUUGACAUUUACCAGCUGGGCAAGUUGACCAACCCCAUGUGGCUUACCUGCCCUUUGGCUUCCAUCUACAGGUGACAGGACCAGGGCAGCAGCCCUACCCUUGGCCCUCACCCAAGCUUUGUUUCCUAUGCCCACUGGGUUUGCCCUCCGAUAGAAAAUCAGGCUCUUUCUUCCAGCCAUAAGCUUCAUGGUCCGUCUGUGCAGGAAGCGGUCUGUUCACUGCGUGGCUCAGAUGUUCACUCAGCAAGAAUUCCCAGAGGCUGCCUCUGAACUGGGCCCUGGGCCAGUGACGGUGGUACAGGGUGACAGCUUAAAAAAAGGCCGAGUCUUCGCCCACUUAGGCACCUGCCAU